AUGUCCUCUGUAUCGUAUGGUGCUUGGUAUAGGAGAAGCCCUCCUGCGAGUAAGAAGGCUAGCGUCCAUAGGGCGCAGUAUUCUGAGGAGCUGAUGCGGUGGGAGCAUGAUGAUGCUAGAAGCACCCCCGUGAGUAAGAAGGUCAGCGCUCGUAUCGUGCUGCCUUCUACAAGGUCUGGUAGCAGAGCCCAUGACAGAGUCCUAGUGAUGUGGUCCCUGGCAUGGGAUGGUGCCGCAUGGGUCAUGAAUGAUGCAGAUCAGUCACGGUCACACCUCCUUCUCCAACCACCACCAGCCACUAUCUUAGGAUCUUGGGAACACAGAGGUGGAACAGCCAGAGGAUUAGGCGAGGAAUUGGCUACGUUACGACCGAGGGAAAAUGUUGCACGAGACUUCUUCCCCUUGAUCCCUAUCGCUACCGACAAGGAAUACAUACUAGUUGGCUUCGUUGAGCGAGCGGAGAACACCUAG